GCCACCCCUCCCAUGCGCCUGCCGAGCAUGUCCCAGCCGUUCCUGCUGGCCCCUAUAGCGGAGUGCCCCCCGGGGCCGCCUGGCGCCCAGGUCCGCCUGGCUGUGCUGGGCGCCCGCGACGUCGGCAAAAGCGCGAUGAUCGUGCGGUUCCUGACGAAGCGGUUCAUCGGGGACUAUGAGCCCAACACAGGCAACCUCUACUCCAGACUGGUCCAUCUGGAGGGGGACCGCGUUGCCGUGCAGAUCCAAGACACGCCGGGGUGCAUCCAGGUGCAGGAAGACUGCAUGCAGGUGCUGGAUUCCCUGUCCAGGUGUGUGAAGUGGGCAGAGGGCUUCCUCCUGGUCUACUCCAUCACAGACUACAGCAGCUACCAGUCAGUCCGACCUCUCUACCAACACAUACGCAAGGUCCACCCAGAUGCUAGGACUCCCAUCAUUAUUGUAGGGAACAAAGCAGAUCUCCUUCAUGCCAGGCAAGUAGAGGCAAAAGAGGGACUACAGCUAGCAAGUGAACUGGGCAGCCUGUUCUUGGAAAUCUCCACAAGUGAUGACUCCCAAGGCGUUUGUGAUGUUUUCCAGUAUCUUUGCAAGGAGGUCAGCAAAGUACAGCACGCUGGCAGCACGGACAGGAGGCGGUCAUCCAUCAUCCCUCGACCCAAAUCUCCCAACAUGCAAGACCUAAAGAGACGUUUCAAACAGGCUUUAUCUUCCAAAGUCAAAUAACCCCCAUGUGACUCAAUAGACUUUAUUUUUGUAAGCCAGUUAAUAAAAAUAUAUUUAUUUUUGUACCAAUGCCAGCAGUAUGGAAGUAAGUAUGUCGAAGCUUGCAGUUUCUUUGCCAUUCUCUCUCGUUUGACUGGUUGGGUUAUUAAAAAACAAAAAGGCUGCCUAGCAGCUACAGGUAAUUGGAGAAGGGUGGGUUGUUUUGUGUU